AUGGCGAAUGUGACUAUUCCUGUGUCCGUCACUGCCUCUGGUUGCCUGGAACUGUCUCAGGGGAGCGAUCGUGACUACCUCUAUCGUUUGGUGGACCAGCACGGCAUCGCAGACCGCGUCUGGUUCUUUUCCUGCAGCUCGCGAGGCGGCCACUCGGAGAACCUCCUCUGCGCACCGGAAGAGGCGCUUGUUUGGCAUCCAAAACAGCGUAGCCGAGGUGGCGACGCUUCCAAGGACUUGACCUGGGCUUUACAGUGGCGAUCUGCGGAUCUCGUUCGAUAUACCUGGUUCGAAACGGACGCCGAGGCGUUCGCGGUACGGCGAGGAGCCCAAAGCUUCCCAGCAUGUGCAGUGUGCUGCUCCGACGUACCGACAAGUGCCGGGGAUCGGCUCGGACCUAUGCAUGCGUGGGCUGCUUUUGCGAACUUUUGCGACGCCUCGGCGGAGGAGCUACCUCCUGGAUCGGGGCGGUCACUUUGGCAACCAGCAGCCGAUGCGGAGGGCGCACGCUCCUUUGUCGGCUGGUGCUCGGUUCAGGAUGCUGGUCGCCUACUUCAAGUAUUCAACUGGCAGGACGGAAGGAUGCAUAGUGUCUCAUUUGUCGCGAAGGGUGGUUCGAACAGCUUCAGUCAAGGCGGUCCACGACGUGGCGUUGCGAGUCUGCCGAGCGGCUUGCACAAGUCCGCAGUUUCAGAGCAGACGUCAACGCUGCUCACCGGGGUCCAGCGAGAGAGCACCCAAAGGUUGACUGGCUCAAGUUCCAGUCGCUUGUAUCCUCCAAUGACGACCAUGAUGAUGGAAGCAAUGCCGACCGCUCGUGCCGUCAUACUGGCGCUUCAUGCGCUACCGCGAGGUCUGGUAGUUGCCCUCGCCGAUGGACGCAAACUGGUGCUGUGGCAUCCGUUGAAUGAGCCGUACGAACUGGAAGAACUCGAGAUCCAGGAACGCAUUGUUUUCACGGACGCUCGCUAUCCAGUGCUGGUAACGCAACGCUGUCACGGAACGUCGAGGUCGUCGCCGACCGAGCACCACACCAUUCGGGUGUAUCUUCUGCAGGAUCGAACAACCGGAGAUACGCAGAACGAUACAACGUUCGAUAGCGGGCCGGUCCAACUGGCUUUGGUCUGGGAACAGGGUCUGGUGGACCCCAACGAUACGUUUCGAGCGGCCUGCUUCGCACAUCCCUGGUCAGGUGCCGGAGGAAGAGGCGUGCACAUUUCACCGUUGCUGUGUCUGCUCAUUGGUGAGACGCUGCGUGGCUUGGAGCUCUUUUCAACGCCAGCACAGCCGCGGUUGAUGAAGAGCGCGGAGCUUGUCUUUGUUCAACGUGGCGUGCAGGCAAUGGCGGCGGUCGAGGCUUUGCGACCCGGCAUGUUGGAUCUGCUCGUCCUCCUUGGGGGAACGCCCAAGCCGCGACUGCGUCUCCAGUUCGGUGCUGAACCCGUCGGGUAUCUGCGGCUGCUCGGUAAGACAGCUGCACCAGUCUGGCUCGCCAAUGCAGUGAAGUGUCGUUUCACGUUAACGCUCGCAGAUGGCCAACAGUAUCGGGUCUGUUUGAGUCGUCUACUCCGUGAGCCGCUUCCGAUUAUGCACCAGCUCUGGGGCGCUUGUCGAAGAACGCUGCCUGCGGCAGUCAGUAUGCAAAUCUAUCUGGCGUUCAUCGAGGAGGUCUGGAGGCCCCAAGCUGCCGAGACGCAAGGCACCGCUUCAAACGAACUUGAAAAACAAUUGGAUGCGUUUUGGCGGGCUCUGCAGCAACCUCAUCGACACCAGUGGAUGCAUCAGCGCUAUCCAGAACGGGGAACGUUUUGCAGCAGCAGCAGCAGCAGCAGCAGCAGUUGUCGUAAUGCUGGACAGCGGGCAAGCGGUGGCGCUGCACCCACCGACGCAAGUCACUGGCGAAGCGUGCCGGACUUGUCCUCGCCAAAGACAAGUAUUUUAAAGGCAAGCGCGCGACCAGCGCCUGGCGUACUUCCCGGCUGGCUUUGGGACAUUUCGGCAAGCGCUUUCGACGAGAUGCACUCGUCACUGGUCCCUGAACGCGAACAUAUAGCCACGGGGAGCGCCUCUGAAGCGAUCCACGAUUCACAAGGUCAACUUUCAUUGUCGCCACUCCGACUGGCGACACAGUCGGCGCCCUGGACGCGAGGCAGCGAGCGGUCGUGCUCGUCGGCGGCAAGUCACCGCGGUGACGAGCGCGUUAGUACAGAACAACGAACAGCAAAAGCAUCAACAGCAACUAGAAGCGAUGCAGCCAAGUGCACGCCAGAGACCGCUACAACUACAACUGCUGCUGCUGCUGCUGCUGCUGCCGCCGCCGCCGAGGCACCUUCGACUGGACGUGCUGCCUGCGAUGCAAGGACAAGGGAACAACCUUGUUCGCGAUGCUACCGCGGAACACCAAUGCAAGGCUCAUCUGUCGUUACGACAAGACGUGCAGAGCGCGUCAAAGGCUGCCCAUUCUGCUGGGAAACGGGACCAGAACCUAGCGGUACUGCUUCGGGCGAGUGUCUGCUACGCCUACGCUGUGAGCUACAGUACGCUGGUGCGCAGCUCCCUGAAACAGUUCCAUGGAAAUCGCUGCUGGUGGCGUUUCAUACCCUCUACGAAGCAUUCAAGCUCGACCAAAUCUAUUGGCAAGCGUUGCUGUCCGUGAAUCAUUUCCUGAAAAAAGUGGCACUAGCGGCAAACGCUCUACGUUACUGGGAGUACUAUCAACGCGAUAUGCCGGAAUCAUGUGAGCGUUCGAGUGUUUCUUCGGGAACAUUGCACCCUGCUUCAAGCGAUGAGUCCUUGGAAGCAUCCAGUUUGCUUCGACAUUCACGCUCUCUGGACAAGGCUAGUGAAAGGAGCAGCACCGCUGAUCCGGAAGAAGCUCGGAUAUGCGAUCACCAGCACAAUGGACAAGGUGCGGAAACGUCUUUGCACCUCCCGGUGGAUGCGGAAGUAGCCAGCAUUAGCGAUCAGCAGAGCAAUCAGCAGCGCGUGGAGUCGUCUUUAUAUCUCACCGAUGAUUCGGAAGCACCGUUGAACAUCUUUGACUGGUUGCAGGAUCGUUUGCCAUUACUACUGGGCAUAUACAAAACAGAUAGAGCGUGCUGCAGGCCCGCGAAGGACAUGCUGGCGCAGUUUCCCGCCGCGUUUGCUUCUACGCUUUCCACUGCUCCCUCUGGUCUUUCUGCAGAGCGACAUCCACUGGAUGCACCGCUGGUGCGCGAGUUCGUGAACGACCGGCAUCCAGAUGAGUUCCCGAAUCCAGUCGCUCGACUUGCGCAACUUGUCACUUUUUUCGAGCGUCUAGAGCACUGUCAACAAUCGACGUCAUCCGGUGAAUCCACAGGAGCGUCAACUGAGCUGUCGCCGGCGCACGCUGGUGUUGGUCCAGUGGGAACCGCUGCUCUGGACUCCACGACCGAGACGAUUGUAGCAGAGCAGUCUGCUAUACCAGAGGUUUCCGUACCGCUACAGCAUCCCUGUGACGCUGGACUGGUUAGCCUUCACCAGGAGGGAAUACGUCUUGACGCGCGUACGCUCGCUCGCUUACCAGUGGGCAUCGCACUGCCGCUGCAACACGCUUUAGCGGGGCUGCGCUCCGAGCCCGCUCCACAAGUGCAUCCUGGUGCCGGCAAUUCGGAUGCUGAUUCAGAGCUGGCGGCAGCUGGCGUGGUUUCUAGUGCUGCAGCUGUAGCGGGAUGGCUCCCAGCGCUCCCCGAACCAGAGAUGGCGAUGCUGCGCCUCCAGAGCGGCCUUUCGCCUACUGGAGCGGGCUCCGGCAGUGUCCAGGGAGCUACCUGGUUCAGCGCGACUCGUGCGAGCGGGGCAGCGUCCCGUGAAGCGCUCGGAACAAACAUCACCUCUCGACUGUGGCUGAAUCCUUCCGUUGAGCGCUUUGCUGCUCAGGUGACGAGCGACCUGUAUGCAUCCAGCGCUGGACCCGGGCGCGUUGCUGCCUCCUCCUUCACCAAAAGCAGCUCGAAUGGUGCUGCUCCUCUUCGUGCCUGGAUGCCGUCGAGCUCUGCAUCCGCGCUGGCUAUAGCGAAGCAUCCGGAACACCACCACCGUCGCCACCACCACGGCACUGAUGACGAUGAUGACGAUGAUGAUGUCGAAGGGGCGCUGUUCCUCGACGAUGACGACAUCGACAUCGAUGACGAUGACGAUGGCAUCGAUGAUGAAGAUGUCGAUGACGACGGCAAUUCAGUAGCGCUGUUCAGGGCGGAUCCUGGGCCCUCUCGUGAACGCUCGUUCCCGUCUGCUGCCGGAACUAGUGCUGCGACGCAUGCCAUCCCGCAGCGCUACGAUUAUCACCAUCAUCAUCACGAUCGCCGUUGUCGACGACGACGACGACGACAACAGGGAGGUCGUGGUGUCGUCCAUCCGAAUCACCUCGAUGGCUGUGAACUAACCAGCAUCAUACCCUGGUUGCGGUUUCGCGCUGAUCGACGACUCUGGCAAGUCCAGCGUCUGCUGCGUUCGGCAGUGCCCGUGUUGCUCACCGACCCUGAUCCAGCAGCGACUGCAGCAACAACCGAAACAACAACACUGGGGUCGUCGUCGUCGUCGCCAUUAUUGUCCCCAUCCGAGGUGCAAGCACAGCUCUUUGCCAGUGCACAGCGCACGCUCGCCGCCCCGAUAGGUCGAGGCGCUUUCACCGCCUGGACAGGAACAGUGGAUGACUCUACCAAGACGCUGCUGGUGCCACCGUUGGUGCUCUCCGGACGACUGCCGCAGCGAUCGACGCCCAUCCAGUUGGAUGCUAGCGUACUACCAGCUGCUUACUUUGAAUGGGGCGCGUUCCACAACGCUGUAGCAGCAGGUCUGCGGUUGCGGCCGAGCAGCACUCGCUUUCCGACCUGGAUCCGCGGUCGACUAGUCCCUGGCGCGCCCGAGGCAUCUGGGGGCUCGUCAGCGACCCGGAGUGGUGUGCCAGCGCAGCAGGAGCUGGCGUUUACCGCCCAGGUCCCUGUGACUCGCGCCUGGAUCCGUCAACAGAAGCCGAGUCGACCAACUGCGUCGCACGCUGGACUCGUUUUGGCUCUGGGUCUGCACGGGCAUUUGCGGCAGCUUCAGGUUACCGACUGGUAUGCGUACCUGUUACCUCGACAUGAGCUGACGAGCAUCGCGUUGUUGUUGGGACUCGGGGCUUCGUACGGCGGCACGGCGCACGCGUUGGUUGCGCGUCUGGCGGGUCUGCAUAUUCGCGCCUUCAAUCCUACCGGAUUUGCACAACCCGACUGGGAUGUAUCACCAGCGGUUCAGAGCGCUGCAGUGUUGGCAAUGGGUCUUGUGUUUGCCUGCAGUGGACGCAAAGCUAUCCUCGAGGGUUUGUUUGUGGAACUCUGCGACGGAGCCGGUGUGGCGAUGGCAUCCUCCAUUGCUGCUGCGGCUUCGACAGGUGCAGCUGCACCUGCUACCGGUUCUCUUGGUGCCGGAGUGAUGGCAGCGAGUGGCGGUUUCGCAGGCUCGGCAGCCGGCACCAGCAACACCAACAAUACCAGCGGUUGGCCCUGGAGUGUCCGUCGCGACCGUGAGGCGCAUGCGCUGGCCGCUGGACUGGCACUCGGACUGGUGGGCUUGCCAGAGGCUGCAAGCGAACAGCGCAGCGCUGCAACAGGAGCGAACGUCAGCGACAUGGUGACAGGUCCCGCGACAGCCGCUCGACGCUAUGUUGGCAGUCUGGUGGCACUAGUGACGCGUACCGGUGCCGGUGAUGCAGACGAUGCACCAAUGCGUUUGAGCUCGGCUAAAUUGCCCGCUCGUGAGGAGCGUCGUCCUGUCGCCCGUCGUGAAAGGCGUAGUGGUACUGCUGGUACUGUUCAUGGGGAAACGAACGCUGCUCCCGGUACGCAUGCUGCUACUGCUAAUGCGCCUGUUCCACAUGAUGUUCCUGGUGUUCUUGCGAGUGGUCUAACGGAUGGAGCAUUGGGUGCGACGACGACGCGGUUGCAAGCGAAUGUUCCAGGUGGAGCGCCAACAGCGCUCGGGAAUGAAGACGACGACGACUAUAAUAAUGGUGAUGAUGAUGGUGCAUCGUAUGCAACCACGAGGUUGCCAACUCGAGCUGGAUACGAUUCGGUAACCGGGACACUAGGGCGUGGCGCUCGUCUAGAAAGCCGUAGUGGUCUUGAAGCGGACGACUCGUGGUCAUCGGUGCGCAUCGGAGCAGAAGGAGAAACAGAACAAGGUAGAGCAUCAUCACCAUCAUUAUCAAUAUCAUCAUCAUUUUCCACAUCAUCAUUAUUCCGCGCGGGAAUCACAACGAGUAGCAUGCCCGCCGUGGAUAGCGGCCCGCAGGCGCUGCUCGAUCCCGAGCGUAUCCCCAGUGAUGCUUCUGCUGCUGCUGUGGGUGCCCUGAUGGCCCUGACAGUCUGGUACCUGCGCAGCAACGAUGAGGCCAUGGCCCGAAAACUGGGUCCGCCGCGCAGUGGGCAGCGAGCCUUGUGGCUGCUACGCCCGGAACUGGUGCUGCUGCGCUCGCUUGCAGCAGCACUCAUUCGCUGGGACGCGAUGAGUCCCAGUUGGGACUGGAUGCUCUCUGAGUUGCCGGCACCAUUGGCUGCCCAGUGGCAAGCGGACAGAAAUCGAGAAGCUGCGCACCGUGGCGAUCAGCCUCGGGAGGAGAAUUCGACGCUUCGUUCACAGGGCCUCGCCACAGGAGCCGGUACAAGCCGGAUCAGCCGGUGGUAUGUGGCCGUUGCCAACGAUCCUGUGGUGCCAGCGGAAACCGAGCAGAUCGAGUCUGCAGCGCGCAGCUCGGCGGAUUUGCUGGGCAGCGGAGCGCCUCAGCGCCCUGCUGUCGUGCGGCUCUACAUGCUUCUGGCCUUGACGGGACAGGCAUUGGCGAUGGCCCUGAAACUGGCAGGUACCGCUCAUCCGCAAGCGAGACGCAUCCUGGAAAAGCUGCUCGACCUGGUGGACCUCCGCUACACAGCUAGUGCCAACAGUUCCGCAGCGCCGUGGCUUCUCGCUUGCAUUGAUAACCUGAGCAUUGCUAUGGCCGUGGUGUGCGCGGGUCACGGAACGCACUCUGUAUAUCGGCGCUUGCGACGGCUGCUCUGUCGACGAGGUGCCACUGGAAUUGUCGCUGGGUUGACGUCCAGUGGAAUGGCAGGCGCGACGCGGCCGUCGACCUUGUCUCGGACGACAAGCGGUGAAACCUAUGGAAACCACCUAGCUCGGCAUUUGGCGCUAGGUCUUGUGUUCCUGGGCGGUGGAACAGUGGCGCUCAGUAGUUGUCAUCGUCUGCAGACGGCGCUCCUGUUGGCAGCGCUGUAUCCUCGAUAUCCAGCCGCGCCUAGCGAUAACCAGUACCACCUGCAGGCGCUCCGUCACUUGUACGUGCUGGCAGCAGAAGCGCGCUGCUUUGUGACGCUCGACGCCGACACUCGUACACCUUGCCCGGUGCCGGUGGAGGUCAUGAUGGUCUCCAGCACCAGCACCGGAACAUCGAACGCCGUCCCGGUUCGUUAUCGAGACUGGACGCCGUGUUUGCUACCGGCCUUGGAUAGCUGGCACGAGCUCGUGAUCCGCUCUCCGCGCUACUGGUCAGUUUCGCUGAGCGCGGAAGCUCUGCGAGAAAUAGAGCCCCUUGCAAAUACCUAUUUGGCCUACGUAGUGUACGUGCGACGUCACGCCGGCCAUUUAUCGUAUCUGCGGGAUCCUCACGGGGUGAAGGGCCUCACAUGUCGUUCGCUACCGCUGCGCUACCUUGCUAAGGCCCCCAGCGCCGACUGGAUGCAGUUGUUUGCGACUGACCCAGUGCUUUCCGCGCUUUUUCGUUACGGCCUUGCGUUUCCGGGCUCGCCUUGGAGCAACGCAUCAAACCCGAUACCCGCUGCGUCUGAUGAUACCGUCGCGCCUAACCUCGCCACAGAAGGCAUACACCGUUCCCCAUCGACGGAAGACGCUUUCACAACAAGUACUGGUGAGGAAGCAUGGCGGGUAUCCAGCGCACGAACUGCGAGCAUGGGGAUGCACGCAUCGUCGGCGCACGCAUGGCCUCCAUUCGGGACACGUGUCCCAUGCGUGCAGGCAUCGACCGCAGGAAACGUCGUUGGUGAUGAUCAGGAGAUCGCCUUUUGGCGCGCUGCACUAGACCUGUGCCUGGAGGCGGAUUGCACGGAGCUGUGGCUGUUGCUGGUUGAUGCGCUGGAUGCCGUGCGUCGGGGUAGCGUGCUGCAGACGGCAUGCCAGCGUCAUCGACAUCGACAUCGACAUACGCUCUGGGUGGGUGAUCUGGUGCUUCUCCAGCAUUGGGUCGGUGCAGCUGCGUCUAGGAUGCCAAGGGCACAGAGACAGACGCCUUUGCAGCGACUGGAGCGUUGGUGUUGCUCCAGCGUCGCAUCCCUGGGGGCGUCUCUGGAGGAACGACUCUUUCGCAUGGUUGAAGCGGGAGCAGCUGGCGUCCCGGACCGGAGCCUGCUUGUCAAGCGCUGCCGACAAUACGUUCGUUCGGGUUGGUCGCUUGUUCCGGAGCAUGUCCUGUAUGGCCAUGCGGUAUGCUUGCGAUGGUUGCAGGCCCCGUUGCGAUGCGCGUUGCUUCCGGAGUACGGGGCGCUGUGUCAGGCGCUGCGCGGUAUCGGUUCAGCGCGUGGCGAUUCCAGUAUCGGCAGCGCAAGCGCGAUGCAGCGGCGUACAUGCCGUGCCUCUGAUUCGCAGCGCAGUAUGCCGAUGAGCGAUGUGCAUAUGCGUUCCAUGGCAGAGCGAGCGUCAGCAGAUGCGUCCUGGAACGAAUGGGCGCUGCUUGUAGCUUGGUUGCCAAUGCUGAGCGAGCCGGAAACACGUUAA